AUGGCAAACCAAGCCCAGUGCCUCUAUUGCUUUGAGAGUCUUUAUGCCUCGUUUGAGGAUCGUGAGCCCGCCAGUUUGGCAGCUAUAGAAGCGCUCUGGGAACAGUACGAGCAGUCUAAGGAACUAUCAAAGUUCGCGAAUGAGGAAUACGAGCAGUCUGUAAAUGACGAUGAGGAUGCCGAACAGGAUAGUCGGCCCAAGGCCCUGCAAAUCCCUCGCAUUAAACGUCUGCAGAGCCAGGCGUCCGACUCGUCCAGCACGGCCACAACGCCAUCAAGCACCUCUAACACAUCAUCUAACUCGAAUCUGUCAGCCUCUACAGCGAUGACGACUCCUAGUGUACUGUCUGGAAUUUCCAAGUCGUCUGAGCAACGAUACCCACUAUUCGUGACGUGGAAUACGCUGUCUCGAAGCGGUUCCAAGUCUCUUCGCGGGUGCAUAGGCACGUUCGAGGCAAAGGACCUCGCGGCGGGGCUCAAGUCAUACGCUUUAACCUCGGCUUUCGACGAUUCCCGCUUCUCCCCAAUUCCCAAAUCUCUCCUGCCUUCACUCCAAUGUGCUCUAACCCUUCUGGGCUCCUUCGAACCCUGCACCGACGCCAUGGACUGGACACUCGGCACACACGGCAUCCGCAUUUCGUUCAUACAUCGCGGCCGGCGCCACGGCGCCACAUAUCUCCCCGAUGUAGCCACCGAACAGGGCUGGACGAAAGAAGAGACAGUUGAGAGCCUGAUGCGGAAAGCGGGCUGGGAUGGCGGUGCUGGAAGUGCUGCACGAAAACUCCUUCGAGGAGCAUCGAGUACUCCCUUUGGAAUGAAGUCGUGGGAACAGGUCUCGGAUUUCAAGACUGUUCGGUAUCAGGGUCUCAAGGCCAAGGCUAGUUAUAAGGACUGGCAGGACUGGCGGAACUGGGUGCUUUCUCUAGACGAUGGAAGGGACAUUUUGAGUUUGGCCUGA